AUGGCAUCCCGCCGCGGAAGUGGUAGUGUGACCCUUCCAACGGGCCAGACCCUCGCCUUCCACACAAGGUCAAGCGAGGAUGAGGACCUACCUCAUGCCACCAAGAAGAAGAUGGCGGACCACCUCCGCAAGUACGAGAGCCUCUUCACGUUGACCCCGCAGAGGAUGCGGAUGAUCGUGGAGGCGUUCAAGGAAUCGCUCGAGUUGGGUCUUUCAAAAAAUGGGCAGAUUGUGCCAAUGAUCCCGACGUAUGUGUUCGGCUGGCCGACGGGAAAGGAGACGGGCGAUUUCCUCGCCGUUGAUCUGGGUGGCACGAACUUGCGUGUCUGCCUGGUUACACUGGAGGGCGAGGGCAAGUUCGAGAUCACGCAGUCCAAGUACCGGCUCACGGAGGAGCAGAAACAAGAGGACGGGCAAAAGUUGUUUGACUUCUGCGCGGAGUGCCUCAAAGCCUUCAUCGACUCCAACAUCGACGGCGGGGCGAUCAAGAAGGACUGCGUGCUCCCGCUCGGAUUCACGUUCUCCUACCCAUGCUUACAAGAUCGGAUUGACCAUGGUAAGCUCAUUCGGUGGACGAAGGGGUUUGGAGCGCUCAACACCGAGGGGCAUGACGUGGCCGAGAUGUUCACGCGGAGUCUGGGGACGUAUAAUGUGCCCGCGGAGAUUGUUGCACUGACGUGUGACACAACGGGAACGCUGAUCGCGUCGCACUACGUGAAUCCCAAGACGCGCAUUGCAUGCAUCUUUGGCACGGGCUGCAACGCGGCGUACAUGGAGCGCGUCGGUGACAUUCCCAAGAUCAAGCACCUGGGUAUCGCGCCUGAUGCUGAGAUGGCGAUUAACUGCGAAUGGGGUGCGUUUGACUCCUUCGAGCACGAGAACUUGCCUAGGACGAAGUAUGACUCGAUCAUCGACGAGACGUCGAAUAAGCCCGGCGAGCAAUCAUUCGAGAAAUUGAUUUCUGGACGAUACCUUGGCGAGAUCUUGCGUCUCAUUAUCUGCGAGCUCAUCGACGAAGGUGUGCUGUUCUUGGGACAGAAUACCUACAAGCUUGAGAUUCCGUACUCCUUCGACACUGCCUUCCUGUCGCUCAUGGAGAGUGACCCUACGGACGAGCUACUUAUGAUCAUUGGGAUCUUCACCCACUUCUUCGCAGUCGAGACGACCCUGGCCGAGCGCCAGUUCUUCCGCGCACUCGCAAAGCUUGUUGGGCGCCGUGCUGCACGUCUGAGCGCGUGCGGCAUCGCUGCGAUCGUCAGCAAGAUGGGUUAUUUAGAAGAGGGCUGCGCAGUCGGUGCAGACGGCUCUUUGUACAACAAAUACCCUGGAUUUGCGGAGAGGAUACACGAGGGGCUGGCAGAUAUUUUUGGCGAGAAGGGACGUAACAUCAUCACGUACCACGCCGAAGAUGGUAGUGGUAUUGGUAGCGCCAUUGUUGCUGCUAUGACGAAGGCCAGGAAGGAUGCGGGCAUCUACCCCACCUUGUAA